AUGAUAUCCCUCAGGCGGAUACGGUGGCAGCGAGGCUCAUUUUUGUUAGUGUACUCAACGAAGAAGGCUUUUGGAAUGUGUCUUCCACCCGGAGAGAAGGGCCAUUACCUUCCUGCCGACCAAGUUAAGCAUGGUGCAGCUGCCGAGGGUUCCUUAACUUUACUCACAUCGAAGGAGUUGGAAGAAAAGGAAAAAGAGGACCAGAAAAAGGAGUCUCUGAAGAAAUCCAACGGAAAGUCGGCAAGGGAAGAAUCACAAGGACUCAAGAAGAAAUCCAAAGAAACUGAUCAUUAA